GAAUAAUAUUAACGGGAAGGAGGCACCAGGAAGAGGGGAAUGAAAAUAAGGGAGGGAUAGAUAGGUCAAAGAAUGUUCCGUCUGUGAAAAUUGUGGAUUUGCUAAGGGCGUUGUCUGCUGUUGUGUGUGUGUGUCUUUGCACACCCUUUCUUGCCUCUGUCAUUGAAAAGUCCUGCUGUAGGGCCUGGUUUGCUUUGUUUACAGAUUGUGAAAUUUGGCUCACGCAUGGGUGGGCUAGUUGAAAAGUUCAAAGGUUGCUGACUGCUCAGUAUAACUUGGGAGACUGUAGUCCCAGCCAGGGAAGGAACUUUCACCUACACCACACGAAACACUGGUGACUCAACUUAACCCUUUGGCUCAAUUUACCCCACUCUCCUCUACCCAUUGUUUCAAAAAACACCGCUGACCCUCACUAGCUUGCGAAAACUGUAAAGAUGGAGCCAGUCUCUCUCCCACCGCAGUCCCGUGUCGCCCUCUGCGGCGGCACCCAUGGCAACGAGAUGUCGGGCGUGUAUCUGGUGAGGGAGCUGCAGAAGUUGGAGAAGGUAGGGUCGGCGACCUUGACCACAGUCAUAUCCAACCCGCGUGCCGUCCAAAUGUGCAAACGCUACACCGACGUGGACCUCAACCGUUGUUUCACCGACGCCAUACUCAGUUCACCUGUGACGGACGCCACUCCGUACGAGGUGAGGCGAGCCCAGGAGCUGAACACUCUACUGGGGCCCAAGGGCAGCGCGGGGGCCGUGGACCUGGUGUGUGAUCUCCACAACACCACAGCCAACAUGGGCCUGAGUCUCAUCUCCUACUCUGCCCAAGACUGGGUCAUCCUGCACAUCUAUAGACAAAUCCAGAGGAAGAUCACCUCAGCGCCAGUGAGGUUUAUCCUGCUGGAUCUACCACUAGCUGACGCCUACUCCCAGGACUCCCUGGGCAAGCAUGGCUUCUCGAUAGAGGUGGGACCUCAACCCCAUGGUGUGGUCAGAGCCGACAUCUUCAACAUCAUGAAGGAGGCAGUCGACCAGACACUAGAUUGGGUCCAGUGCUUCAACUCAGGAAGUGCCUUUGAAGGUGGCGAGGUGGACGAUGUGUACACCUUCGUGAAGAGUAUAGACUACCCAAGAGACCCAGAGACCAAUCAAAUCACUGCUGCCAUACAUCCCCAACUACAGGACCGUGACUUCUGCCUCCUCCAUCCGGGAGAUCCCAUGUUCCUGAUGUUUUCCGGGGAGAUAGUGAAGUACGAAGGGGUAGAAGUCCUCCAUCCCUACUUUGUGAACGAGUGUGCGUACUAUGAGAAGAGCAUUGCAUUCCACCUGGCACGAAAGAUGACACUCACUAUCCCCCCCUUGCGAGUGAAGAGAGAUUGAUGGGGAGGAAAAGAGAGACCGUUUGAAGAGCGGGAGAAUUAAAGGAAAAACACGCACAGAGCCUUAAGAAGCACUUACUAGUCUAACCUCAUUUUCAAUUGAUUUUUAAUUCUAUUGUUUUUAGUCAUCACCAAAUAUCCUCAGGAAUACUGUAUGUGAAAGGAUGCACGGUUUAAUGCAAUAAUCUAGUAUUUCAAUUAAACAUGUACAUUUUCUGUUUAA